AUGGAUAUUGAUUCGGCUUAUAAAGAGGAUAAUUUACCUUGGGUUGAAAAAUAUCGUCCAAAAACGCUUGAUGAGCUUUUAUCUCAUAAAAAUAUCAUUACAACAAUUGAAGCAUAUAUCAAUAGAGAUCAACUUCCACAUUUAUUAUUUUAUGGUCCACCUGGAACUGGCAAAACAUCAACAAUCUUUGCAGUUGCUAAUAAAAUAUAUGGAGAUAAAUGGAAAUCAAUGGUUAUGGAAUUAAAUGCAUCUGAUGAUAGAGGAAUAGAUGUUGUUCGUGAACAAAUUAAAAAUUUUGCAAGUACGCGUAAUAUAUUUAGUUCGAAUAUAAAGUUGAUUAUACUGGAUGAAGCUGAUGCCAUGACACAACCUGCUCAAAAUGCAUUGAGAAGAAUUAUUGAAAAGUAUACACAAAAUGUACGCUUCUGUAUCAUUUGUAACUAUCCACUCAAGAUCAUUCCUGCAGUUCAAUCUCGUUGUACAAAAUUUCGAUUUUCUCCUUUAGGCAAAGAUCAAAUUAUUUCUUGUUUGAAUGACAUAGUUGAGGCAGAACGCAUAAAUAUUUCCCAAGAUGGGAUAGAAGCAUUAAUUAAAAUUUCAUGUGGUGAUAUGCGAAGAGUAUUAAAUAUUUUACAGGCAUGUCAUGCAACAAAUGAAUUCAUAGAUGAAGAUGCUAUAUGUAAUUGUACAGGAAGACCUAAUACUAAAGAUAUAGAAUUAAUAGUAAAGACAAUGACUUGUGAUGAUUAUUCAACAGCACAUUCCAAUAUCCAGAAGCUCAAGACAGAAAAAGGUCUUGCUUUACAAGAUAUAUUGACAGAUUUUUGUUAUAACUUAAGAAAAUCAUUUAUCACUGAUGAAGAAUUGUUUGAAAAUAUUGGAGAAAUUGAAUAUCGACUUGCAACUGGAGCUACUGAAAAACAUCAAUUAACAGCAUUCAUAGGAUCAUUCAAAAAAUCACUCAAGAAAGGCCCAAAAAACAAUAUCAUUGAUAAUGAUAGUGAAGAAAAUCAGAUUGAAAAGAUGAAGAUGAAACAUGAAACAUGUUCUAAAAUCACUCUUUGGUGA